UCAAUUCGUAUGAAUUCAUAAUUCCACCUAUUAACCCUCCCUAUCACCUCUCGAGCAAGAACAUUCUUAGAUAUUUGAAUGGAAAAUGCUCUUGUUAGUUUAUUUCUACAUGUGUUCAUACAGAAUGAAAUACGCUGUAAAAUUAUAACAAAUAUUAAAUAUUAUUUUUAAUUUAGUUUGUUUUUAUUUCAAUUGAGACGGGAAUUCUAUACGGACUGUUAGAAUCAUAGGAACUUGCAGUACAUCAAGUCGCAAUUUGAUCGUGUACAAGUAUCAUUAAAUCUUCAAAAAUUAUGUUUAUCAAAAUGUUUAAAUUAUUAGCUAUUUGUGUGCUCUGCUUCAAUGUGUACACACUAGCGCGUUCCGUGUCAAUAUCCCAGGUAGGAGAUGUAAUAAUUGAAAAAUCGGAUGAUAAAUGGAAAUGUGAUAAGAUCGAAUGUCCCCCAGAUACUGAUCGUUGUUUCGUUUCAAAAUCCAAUAAAGAAGAACCCUCAAUUCUAAAACGUGUCAAUUAUUGCUAUUCCAGAGACAAUCAAAUAUUGAAACAAUACGUAAAUGAAACACCAGUUGAUCCCACGACCAAAAUUAAUAUGCAAAUCACCACCACUCGUCAUGGUAACAAUAUCGGUGGUAGUAUUGGUAAUUCUGGAACACUGGAGGAUUUCGAUGAGGAAAAAUUCAAUCAUGAAAUGAAUCAGAUGCAAGCCAACAUAAACUCCCAAAUGGCAAAUAUGGAUAAGGAAAUGGAAAAUCAAAUGCAACAUUUACAUUCCAAUCUACAAAAUAUGAAUGAAAACAUUAACAAAAACCUCCAAAAUCAAAUGGAUAAUUUGCAUGAAAAUCUAGCUCAAAUGCAAUAUAAUUUGGAUCACAUGUUUGAUUAAUGAUGCCAAGAUUUUCAGUAUUUGAAUGAUAAAAAAAACAAAUCCUUUAGUUUAGUGGACAAAUCUGAAAAAAACAAUAUGUUAACAAAUGAUUUUGUUGAUUUCUGUUUAUUGCUAAUGUUCUGUUUAUGUUUUUUAUUAUUAUUGAAAAUAAAUAAAAGUAAUUGUAAUACAU